GAGAUAGGAGCCACUGGAAUCAUGGAGGAUUUGGGCAUCAUAUAUGGCUCUACAGGAUCAGGAUGGGCCUAUAAUAAUCAAGGUGGAAGAUGAUCCUACCUGGGAGCAGGAAUCUAGUCAGCAAAGUAACAGUCACCCCAGCCAGGAGAUCUGGCGGCAACGCUUCAGACAACUGUGUUACCAGGAGACACCUGGGCCCCGAGAGGCUCUGAGCCGACUUCGAACACUCUGUUGUGAGUGGCUGAGGCCAGAGAUGCACACUAAGGAGGAGAUCUUGGAAUUGCUGGUGCUAGAGCAAUUCCUGAGUAUCCUGCCAGAGGAGCUCCAGAUCUGGUUGCAGGAACGACAUCCAGAAAGUGGUGAGGAGGUAGUGAUGCUACUGGAAGAUUUGGAGAGAGAAUUGGAUGAACCAGGACAGCAGGUCUCAGCCCACACAGAAGAACAAGCAUUACUCUGGGAAGGAGUGACACCCCUGUUUCCAGCUCCAGUGACAUUGAGGAAGUCACCGAGCAUUCAGGUUCAAGUCUUGGAAACCCAGUUGAAAUGUGAAUCUCUGGAGCCACACCCUCUCCAAAAGAUUGACUAUACUGGACUUUUUCCUCUUCCACCACUUUCGAGUUUGCACUUGGUUCCCUCAACUGCCGACAUGAACAACGACGGCGGCGAGUUCGUGGAUCUGUACGUGCCGCGGAAAUGCUCCUCGAGCAACAGGAAUGGGGCCAAGGACCACGCGUUCAUCCAGAUGAACGUGGCUAAGGUUGACAAGUUCACAGGCAGAUUCAAUGGCCAGUUUAAAACUUAUGCAAUUUGUGAAGCAAUUCGUAGAAUGGGAGAACCUGAUGACUCUAUUCUCCGGCUGGCAAAAAGAUGGUAUUGUUUUAAAGAAAUCUUAUGGGAUGUGUCUUAAUCAAUCAGAAAAAAAAAAAAGACUAUACUGGAAAUGCUAAAAAGUCUCCUAGGCUGCCAAUUAAGACCCCUAUGGUCGCAAUGAAGUCAUUAAUGCUUUUGAUUAUCUGUACACUGGACCUGGAGUCAAGAAGACCUAAGGUAAAAAGUAUCAUGUACCACAGCAGGACUGUGAAGCCACUGAGUGUAAGCCUUUUCAUUUGAGUGGUCAGAGUUCUUAAAGAGGGCUGCUUCUGGUCUCAGAUACUCACUAGCUAUGUGAUUCUGGGAAAGUCUCUGUUUGCGUGAGUCUCCUCACCUGUAAAAUGAGGAAAACAAUAGCACCUGCCUCCCAGGGUCGUUAUAGGAGGAUCAAAUGAGAUGAUAUUUUAGCACUAUACCUGGGAUUUAGUAGGUACAAUAUAUUUAUUUAUUUUAUUUAUUUAUUUUUAGUGAGGCAAUUGGGAUUAAGUGACUUGCCUAGGGUCACACAGCUAGUAAGUGUUAAG